AUGUCUAAUAAUGAUAUUUGUAUGGGUAUUUUGCACGAUUUAUCCCCCGCAUUCCGACCGUAUAUACAAUGCGUUUAUCAAGAUUUAAAACUUGGUUUAUGUAAAACAAAAGUUGAUAUAGAGCGCAUAUCUGGGGCUUCGGAGGGCCCCGAAAACCAGUUUCGCCUUGUUCUACCUUACUGCUCAAAGAAACUAAAGUGGGAAGUGAUUUUCGAUCCUUCAACCCCAUGGUUCGCGCCUGAUUUCAGAUUCGAUGACGACAGUUUCCUCAAUAAUAUUAAUGAAGAGAUAGUUGAAAUCAGUUUACCUAGUCUCUCUAAAUGGAAUGAAAAUAACCCUAAGGCAUUAAGUGAUGUUAUAUCAGAAUUGGUUCAACUAUAUAAAUCACAUCAGAUCAGCAAAUUAAAUGAAGAUGAAAGUUCCCGAGCAUAUUUUGAAUACAGUGCAUUACUUGGAGAUGCAGUAACGUCUGAGAAAGAUAUUGAGGUGUGGGUUGGAGGACAUGUUGUAGAGUUUUUAAUUAAACUUAAUAUUGACACAUCUCGUUUGCCUGAAUUAUACAAUGAUGGAAUAGAACAAAAUCCAGGAAUUGAUACUGCUCUGCUGCUUGUACGUUACCCUAACUCAACAAAUGCAGAAUUAAUAUUAUCCCCUCUUCUGACCAAGUCUCUGGGAAAUAUUGUCUUACCAGUGAUGCAUCAAUCUGGUGUCUUAAUGGAUUAUGUUCCGUUAGUUACAGAAUUACUAAAUAAUAAAAUUCAAGAACUUUUAAGUAAUGAAAAACUGAAAAGAGAGCUUCUAGCACAACUGAUAGUGAAAUAUGAAGGAGCUAUAUUAGAACAUGAUGCAAACAGUGCAGCUUUUCUUUUUGAAAUGAAUGAUUUUCAUUGGAUACUCCAAAUAAAUAUCGGAUUAAAGUUCCCUGAAAAGCCUCCAAUUUUGACAUUGCGGUCUGUUUACCACUGCAAUAAAGGUAAACCAAAAUUCAAAGUGCUUCCAGCCUGCCCCUACCAAAAUUUUGAAAUUUAUAUUGAACAACAAGUUGAAAUAUUCAAGAACGAAUGCAAAGGACAUAAUACGCUAACCAACCAAGUUGUCAAUGUUGAUAAUUGA